AAGCAACUAGGAGGGAGCGGAGAAAGAAGAAAAGAGACCCAGUUGCUCCGAGAUUCAGACGGAGGUGGAUGGAGAAGGGACGUUUCUGCUUGCAGGCACAGCAGCAGCCCAGAAAGCAUCAUUUUACUGCUGCAGGCAAUAUCCAAGAAGAGUUGAAAAUUGCAAAGAAUUUUCAUCUGAGGAAGAACAGCUCUGCCAAGCACUGAAUAUUAUCCAACAAGAGGCAAAAUGCUAAAAACGACCUUACAACCACCUUGUCUCCAACCUCAGCCCAACUUUGCAGGCUCCAGCAGAGUUGACCCAAAUCCUCACAUUAUUAAGAAAUCUAAGGUUGGCCCUGCAGAAGGCAAAAACUAUUUGGCAAGGCUGCAAGGAACGGGAAACGAUAGUAGCCAUGGAGAGCAAGGAAGGAAAGAGUCAGCUGGAGAAAAUCUCCAGAAGGAAACUUGGAGAGCCAAUGGGAAUGUCCUCCCCCACAAAAGCAAUGACAGCAGGCCGGUGUCCAAUGAGAAAGGAGGAGACUGUCCGUGGCCUGUUUCUGAUGCGAUGGAUCCUGGGAUUAGCAACAGGGAUGAUCAAAGUCAAGACUGGAAAGUGGUGAAAGUGAAACGAGUUCUGCUUUCUCCUGCCGAAGAACCUCGGAAAGCGAAUUUCUCCAGAAGUGCAAGCUUGUCUGAAACAGAGCUGAAGGAAGCAAAAGCAAGGAGCCAAAGGAUUGUUGCUCAGCUGACAAAUCCACCAAGUUCCAAUUCCAAAGGGGUCCUGUUGUUUCACAGACGUAAGCAGCGAGUGAACGCAUUCACUUUAGAAGCCCCAAAGCCAACCAACCCAGAUCGAGUAGCUGCAGAGAACGACCUCAAAGCUAUCACUCACCCUUGCACUCUGAGCCAUGGGGAGGAAUCACAUCUGAAGCAGACUCCGAAACAAAACAAGGAGCUGAACGUUUCAGUCUGCGUCAAUAAUUUUGGACGCUGGGGGCAAAAAGUCACCAUGGAAAGAUAUGAGGAGGAUCUGGGUAUGGAACAUCCUCUAGAUAAUGCUCAAGGCCUUCUGUGGAAUAAGGAAAAGAGUGAGACAAUUCUUUAUUCAACAAACCCAACAUCCUCUAAAGAUAUUCCAGAGGAAGAAUUUCAGCAGAUCCCACUCAGUGUAUACCUUAAAGAGAAUACAGGGACAGCUUCAACCAAUGGAAUACAUGAACCUCUCACUGAGUUUGGAAAAGUGCCUAUGGUUGAGCAAGGACCAAUUAUGGGCAAUAUAGAAAACAUCCCAGCUAAGACUGAGGAUGAGGCUACCCCUAACAUUGAGAAAAAAGAUACCAUUCUUGAAAAAGAACUGUAUCUUUUGCAUAUGGAUGAGGAAAAUAAUAUUCUCGAUAAAGAACCAUAUCUACCCAUAGGUAGUGAGAAAAACAACAACAUCCCUGACAAAGAUCUGUACGCAGCUGUUAUUGACAGGGAGAAUAAUAUUGUCCUUAACAAGACACCAAGUGAACCAAUCAUUGACAGAAAGGAAAAUGGAGAGUUGCCCUGCAUGGAACAGUAUGAGUUGGUCACUGAAAAUGAGAACAUUUUUCCCACUGCUGACACUGAAAAAGCCACUGAUGUAUGUUCUAAUGAAACCAGCACACAAAAUCAUAGGCAGUACUGUGAAGUGCGGCUGACUUUGUCUAAGCCACAACCAGUGAAGAACCGAACUGCAAGACCUUUUGGCACUCAAUCGCUAACUAAAAUCCUCUCACCAGCAGAGAAGAGCCCAGUGGUGGGGAUUCCUCCACCACCCACUUAUGCAGAAACAUUUUCCAGCCCUCCUCCGGUGACUAGGGUCAGGUCACCUCCUGCUUACUCAGCACUGUAUCCUAGUCAAGAACAGAAAAUCCUGGUUCCAUCUGAAGCUAGGUCUAAAGACAGCAGCCCAGGACCUCAAUUCAGAGAGAACAAAGCACCAUCUCCAGAUAAAACAGGCAUUCUAGAGGAAUCUGCAGCCCGCAGAACAGCUAAGAAGUCCAUGUUCACCUUUGUUGAGAAGCCAAAAAUGGGUCCUAAUCCAGAUCUUUUGAAUUUAGUGCAGACAGCAGAUAAUAGAAAGAAGCAGAAAGGACAAGGAGGAGCAUUUCCUGAAGAUGAAUCAUUUGCAUUGGGUGCAGAUGCCUCUAACUUUCUAACUGAAGGUAGAUCAUUAGAUGUACCCACUCAUUCCCUUGGAGAGCCUCCACCAGAAUGGUCUUCGUGUUUAAGAUCACCAAAAAUACAGCCUAAACCUAAAAUAAGCUCUAACCAAAGCCUUUCAGAGGCUAAAGGAAAGGGGGCAGAACUGUUUGCCAAGAGGCAAUCAAGAAUGCAGAAGUACAUCAUUGAAGCCCCAUCACAUCCAGAUAUAGCAAGAUCACCUUCACCUACUAUGUCUCUUCCUCCAUCCUGGAAGUAUACUUCAGAAACUCAUCUCUCCCCUAUGGCACUCCAACCAGCACUCAAAAGUCCAUCAAGAUCUCCAAAAGGUCCUCCUGCAUCUUUCUACAACAGAAAUUUGAUAGAAAGUGAGCUCUCCAAAAAAGAGUUGGAAAUCUCCAAGCAACAACCUUACCAACUUCACUCUUCCUUGUUUGUUCGUUCCCCAGUCAAAGAGCCCAUGAGAUCUGUAGUCCCUGAAGGGGGUUAUAUGACACAGGCUUCUUCCUUUACUUCAUCCUUGGCACCUUCUCCUCUGAUGGGUCCACCUGCCCAGUCCAGCCCAAGCAGAACAUUGCCUGCCCUCUUUGCUCCGUUACCUGGAAACGUGUUUCCGUUACAGAAGAUCAGAGCAAAUGCUGAAACAUCACCGGAAGGAUCUUUCGAUUACUCUUCUAAAAUUUUGUCUCCAAGAGCUAAAGGAGUAUUCCAAGCUCCAAGACCAUCUUACUCCACCAAGAAUGCAGGGAUUGAGCCUCAGGAAAGAAAAGCAUCCCUGCCUGCCUCCCCGACAUGGACCCCACAGCUGAUAAGGCGACAGUCCAGCAGCAUAGAAGGCUGGAUGAGCCCAGCCCAAACUCCAGAAUUUGAGGAUGGACUUGAAGCCUUUCGAGCAGCCCAUGUUAUGACGCCACCUCCUCCCAUGUCUCCAUCCUGGAGUGAAAGGUCUCUGUCCCCAUUUCGACAGGAGAUUGACCAAAAGUCCAGCCGACAGAUGCAGGUGCUGUUGGCAAGAAAUAUCAUAAAUGCUGCCCGAAGAAAGAGCUCUUCUCCCAAACUCACUGGAGUAGAAAACUUCAGGCCCUUCACGCCCCCUGUCACUUGCCCCAAUGUGUCAUCCACUGGUGGAAGUCCUAUGAACAGGGGUAAUCAUUCUCCAGGCCCACUUCAAUCACCCAAGCCGACAGGAAUGGAUGGCUACAGACAUGCCUCCCUCCCCAUCUCAGCAGCUUCACCCCAGGCUAGUGCAUCGUCAAACAACAGCCCCAGGUUGCUAGGCAUCAAAUCUCCAAGCCCACUACAAUCACCAAAAGCAGGGAGGAUGAAUGGAAACAAAUGCUUCAUGCUGCCUGCUAGAACUGGAGCGUCCCAGUUCAUUGUAUCAACAAACCAUAAUGGCUCAAGUAUAAUGGGCACUCAUUCUGAAUCACACAAGAAUCCAGAGCCACUUCAAAAACCCACAUUCAUGGAUAGCCACAAGGUCUUCACGUUGCCAGCAAACACCAGUGGGAUAUCAUAUACCAGCCCAAAAAAACGGGAUGCUUGUUCUCCCACUUUCCAAAGCCCCCUGAUGUCUCCCAUGAUGACAACAUGUUCCCCAGUAAAGCGCUCCACUUCCAUGUCCCCCACCAAUUCAGAGGCAUCCGUGGACUCUGAUUGCUCUGGGGUCAAGUCACCUAGCAUCCGCAGCUUCAAUAUUUGUCCACGAGGCUGGAAUGGCAGUCUGAGGCUGAAACGGGGUAGCCUCCCAUCGGAAGCAUCCUGUACCUCUUAAACAUGGGCCAAGAGAUGUGAAUCGGGGGAAAAAAGUUGUGAAAACUGUUGCCACAAAAUUUAUGCAGGCCCAUACAUGCAUAAUCCUGCCAACCUAAUUAAGUCUUAGGCGGAGGAAGUUCAUUUGCAAAAAUGCGUAACACCUUCUCUCCAAGCUUGCCACUUCUUGGGGACUUUGAAGAAGAAAAUAGGCCUAUUUACGAGAAACAUUUCUCACACAAAGAAUAAGUGUGUUUCAGCUUCUCUUCCUGCAGGACAUCCAUUUCCACAGGAUCUUUGUUAGCUUCCUCCUGCCUCUCUCUCUUGGGGAACAUGCUUGAGUUUCCCAGAUUUUGCUUUCCCUUUCUCAGUUGGACUGGAGACACAAUGAUUGCCUUUCUUGUGGGGAGAUGCAUCUGAUUGCUUUCAUUCCCUUUGAGAAAUAUCCCACUGAAGGACACAGAGCUCAUGACAGAACUUGGUGUACUCUCAAUGAGGGUUACAAUAGGAGAGAAAAACCAACCUUAAGUCCAUAUUUCACUUCCAUGAAGCAACUGCCAUUGUUUUAGCUCUACUUUGAGAGAGCUAAUCAUCAGUUGGCUUCCACUCCACUAUCCUGAGGGAAGCCGAAGAAAUCAACAAGUUAUGGUUGAUGCUUCACCUGCAUAGCAUACUUUUCCUCCAAAUACAAAGCUUGACUUUAUAUAUUGUAAACCAAAUGAAGUGAAAGAAGAAUGUUUUGAGGCCUUUUUGUUCCCUGGACUAUUGGAGCUGAAUCACAAGAGGAUGAAAGACCGAUUCAAGCUACAAUACAAGUACUUAUUACAAGAUACCACAUAGGAAUAUGAAAUGUAGGCACUUCCAAGCUUUCUGGAAAUGCCACCAAAGCCAGCCAGUCUGGGAUUGUGACAGUAAGGAUGCACAUGGGUUUCCAGUUAACAUGCAGCAAUGGAGGCCUGUUCCAAGAAUGUACCCAAAUGAUCUCAGAACUCUUGCCAUGAUUUCAGGGACUCAGUGCCCAGUGAGCAAUGCUUCUGGUACUGCUAGUCACUAGGAGAGAGGUCUUCCAACCUCUUCCAUUGCUUUGCAGUUUACCAGAUAUCUGGGAGACAAUGGUAUCCAAGAUGUCCCUCUGGGCAGGAGAUUCACAACAUUUCUUGGUUAGUAAGCCCAAAAUAAUGCCCCUUCUGCCAACUCUUCCUUCAGCACCUGGAGGAAGCCGCCUCCAGGUGCUUCUUGCAUAAGGGUUGGAAAAUAGCAGAUGGAGAAGAAGCUCCACCUCUACAAGGGUCAGGAGCAGUAGUAUCCCAGCAAAGCUGAUUAUAUCCAAGAGUAGGGAAGCUCAACAGAGCUGUUCCCUAACACAGCCACCUAUCAGAAACUUCAUGGGACCCUUGGAUUUUCACCUGUAUCUAUCUCAGACCCUAGACAUACAGGCCAGGGCACAAAGGCUGAAGUUGUAUCCCUAACCAGGUGGGACAGAUUUGCAUUCAGAAUAACAUUCCAUACUAGGAAAGGAAAAGUGAGGAGCCAUUAUCUAAAACAUACAAAGGUACCAAGAUACAUAAGCCAGUCAAAUGGAGGAUUCUAUAUGGAUCAACUAGCUCAGGCCCCUAUCCUUGCAAUCUACCAAGAAGGUCUGCCUAUCAGAGUAAAUAGCAGAUAAACCCAAUAGGCUAAAUUCCCUUCCAAAUGUCCUCUUUGCCUUAUCCCCCACUACUGUGCCUCAUAGCAACAUCUACAAGGCAUAGUUCUGGUAAUAGCACUUAUCUAUUUACACUCUCUAUAUGACCCUAGGAAACUUCUGAUCUACGUCUGCUGAGCAGCAAAGAAAAACACACCUCAUAUCAUCAUUGCCUUUAUUGUUUAGCAUCCAGAAUGAAGGACUUUUUGAAGUGUAGGACAUGCAUAUACAUGCACAUUUCUGUUUCAGAGUUACAACUGAUCUCUAUAACUGGCUUUCUUCAUUACUUUAAGCCACAAAGCAGUGUUUGUGGUUGUGUGAUGUGCGAACCCAGCUCAAGUGCACAAUAAUUUAUUCUGUACUGCGCCUUGCCACAAUCCUGCAGAGUAGAAGCAACCAUCCUUGUGUAGAUGGAAGUAGCUGACUGGAGCAGGGUGACUGGGGAAAUAGAUCUCUUCCCAUUGAGCAAAAUAAUUUGGACAAGCCAAGAGAAAAGACAGAGAAGAGAAUAAUUCAGAUAGAUGUUACCGCCUGAUUGUCCCAUGCUUAUCCUGCCCUCUCCAGUCAUAAAAACAGAUUAGGAGUCGGUCUGCAGUAUUGGUGUCCAUAGUCUCAGAUGGAGUUAACUACAAGAAUUCCAGGCAAUGUGUUCUGUGGUCUGGAGUUCAGGCAAUGUGAGUAAAGUGAGUUCUGUGUGCAAAAGGUUCCCCCUCCCUUCUCAGUUCUGGCCCUCUAGGUCUUGCCCAUUUUCUCUCUUGCUUCUCUGCUGGGUGAUAUGGUGUCAUCUAGCUAAUACAUCAGCGGGCCUUGGCAUGGAUUAGGUCGUAUCAGGUGUUUCCCUGCUUCUCCUUGAUUCAGCAGUUGCCCUCUAUUUUUAUCCUGUAACCUUUAAAGACGAGAACAUUUAUUUGGUAUUAAUUCAAACUGAGCCAGAAAUGAAUAAUCGGGGCCACCCCCAUCUUUGUUUUCUUCUGAUCAUACAUAGCUUAUGUAGGAGAUCAGAUGGAGGAGACUCCAGGCUGUGGGUACCUUGGAAACAUACCAGCAUAAACUUAGCCAAGCUUACCAAAUAGCCCUUAUAUUACAUCUGCUUUAGCAGUAUAACGUCUCCACAGAAACAUUUUGACGUUUUCCUUUUAGGGAUGAGGAGAAGUGGGACACUGGACCUAGCCAUGCUAUUGAAGUGUUCUGAAACUCAAGGCCCUCAAGUUUAUAUGAUAUACAGAGUAAAAGAAGCAGAAAAAAUGGGAUUUCUAUGCCAGGCAUUUUCAGAAAUAUGGAAUGUGAAUAUGUAAGAGAAGGAAUUAUUGAUAGAGUAAAAAUGCUUGGCUUACAGUAAAUUCAGUCCUGGCAUCUCCAGGUCAGGCUGUAAAAAGAGACCAGUCUGAAGUUCUAGAGGUUCUUCCCCUGCAUAUUGGCUUCUGACGUGUUGGACCUCAACUCUUUCAAUUCCCACCCACCUCAUGUUAAAAGGGACAUGGUUGAGGAAGGUUUUUGUAAAUAAUCAUGGGCUUGGCCAGCCUGUGGUUCCUAUGUGCACAUAUCAAGGGAACAUUUUUGCAUGGAAGACUUAUAUAAGUCGUUCAGUCCUGGUGCCCUUACUCUUCUCAAUCCAUGGUAGAAGCAGCCAGUCAACUCACAUCUAGACUUCCUCUUAACCAUCUUUUAGAUUACUGUUGGCAACAGAACAGAUGCAUUGGUCACAGAGUAAAAUACAGGUUUUCCUGUUGCUGGAAAGACCCAUUGUGCUGCUUAGUCAAGACCCUUGACUAAGUAGAGUGGAAGAAUUCAAAGAAAGAUGCAAAAACACCCAGCGCUACAAAAUAGUCACUGCUUGUUUCUUUUACUUUGCUGCUGCUGCACUUUCUCCUGAGAAAUGGCAAGGGAGAGGAGAGAACUGAACCCUGCCACCAGGACACUGCUGUGAUGGUCGAGCCAAAGUGAUCUAUUUCAUGCAGAAGGCAGGGAGCACGUGGAACAUCAAGGUGUCAUCCUCAGAUAGCAUUAGGAGAUCAGCCAACAUGUCCUUUAGAGAAAUAGAAAGGGGGGGGGGAGAGGUGGGGGGGGGAAGGGAAGAUGACAAGAAAAAAAGGCCAAUGGCACCCUCUAGGGCUUUGUGGUGCCAAUUGCAAGGUUUUGUCCUAAGAGCAAAAGGAAAAUAAAUCUGCCACUGAGAAUGCAAAGCAUAAAAGCAAAACAGUUGAGCUUUGUUUUCAUGCCUCUUGUGGCAGAGAGAAGGCUCUAUCUCAGUCAUUCGGGAAGAUCUUGGUUAGUAAGACGAAGGAAAUGCUGCAUGUCAAGUGUGAGAGUAAGAGUAAGACAAGGUGUUCAAAGGAGAUAUCGAGAACUUAUAAAGGCAGUUUUUCUCCCUGACCUAUGAAAUCGCUGCUGCCGUGCACAGCUUAUGGAAGGAAAAAGCCAAGCUUGGUCCAGGAAAGGAAAAGCAUGAAACUAGUCUCAAGAAUUCUAUCUUCCUAUUUUAUUCCAGGAUUAAAGCCCCAUUUUUCCUUAAGUGAGGGAUUGGUAAAAAGGCAGCCACGAGGAUUCUAAAUAUUGACAGUGUGAAAUUUUUCUCCGUGUCUUCAGAUUCUGUGUGUAAAUAGCAACUGAGACUUCUGCUCGAUGAAUCUGCAACAGAAUGCACAUGCAUAACUACUUCCAACUUGUUAAGUUAAUGGAUGCAGUUUGAUAGUAUAUUAUGAUACUUUUACCCCUUUGGUUAUUUUCUAUUAUGGGACCAGCUCAUUUAUCAGACAUGCCUUAUUUCACAGAAAUAUAUCCCACAUUACAAAUAUAUCCCUACAUUACAAAGCAAGUUAAGGGCACAUUGAGUAUUUGUAUGUUCCCUUCCCUGCUAACUAAUAGUGCAAUCCUAGUUGCAUAUUAUCUGAGAAGCCCCCCCCCCCAAUAUAGGUAUAUAAGAUUCCAUUCUGCAAUAUUCAUCCACCAUUGCCCUGUGACUAAAGGAAAGGCCAUACCUACUUGCACAUACCUGAAAUCAGUUUCUGCUGUUAGAAAUUCCCUAGGGCAGGAUUUACUGCUGUGUUUUCAUGAACAAAAUUGUUUCUUGAUUUAGAUCUGUCUAUACAGCAAAGGUGCAAGUUUCAGUUCAUGCCACAGUUUUUCUGGGGUUAUAUUCCACAAAACAAUGCACCAAAGGAUGGAGGCAUUUUUAUCCUUAUGCUUACACGCUGAUCUGCUACAUUCCCCAGAAUCACAGAAGAAAUGAGCAGUUGGGAAAAUGUAAGUUAACUAAGGCUGUAAUUCUGUGUAGGUAGUCCUCGGUUAGCAACUGUCUUGUUUAGCCGCUGUUCGCAAGUAUGACAGUGCUAAAAAAGUAACUUUAUGAUCAGUCCUUGCAUUGAUGAUCUUUGCAGAUCUGUAAAGCGAAAGAAAGUAAAAGUAAGACUGUAAAGCAUAGUUGCAGUUCCACUUACUGUCCACUUAGCCUAAUGGCCAAGUUGCCAGUCCCAAUUGUGGUAUGUAUAUACUUGUAUAUACUUUGCUGGGAGUAAGAGCCUUUGAAAACCAAAGGACUUAGUGCAAGGGGACAAUGUGAAAUUGUACUACAAAUAUUGACAAUAAUGCAUGUAGGAGCCUUGAGGGCAAUUUACACCUUUUUGUGACUUGUGAGUCAUCUUAUUUCUGAAUGUAUCACUUGAGAACAUGUACGGCUUGCUGUAUCCCUUCACCUGAUACUGUUUGUGUCCUCACCAUGCCAUACAGCUAUAUAAAAGCUCCAAAAUAAAUCAGACAUUAGCCCAUAUA